UUUAUUGGCUUUUCAGCAUUCCAAGGUAGCUUACUUUGAGAUUCGCCCCAAACGCUCAAGUUUUCCUUGAUGUGGUUCUAAUUAAAUAUCCCACGCCCCUUCUGUCCAACCCUUCCUUCAACUGUUCAACAUCGCAGCGGACCAAGCUCCUCCUUUCCCCUGUCUUGAUUAUAUGCUAACCACACCGGUCUACCUCACUCAUCGCAUUAGCUCAUCACCUUAGUUCUUCCUAAUAUCCAUCACAAUGACUCCCCCUCUUGCCAAAGGGGAAUAUGACGUAAGCUGGAUUUACGACCCAGCUCCAGAAUCAGUCCAUACCACUAAUCUCGUCAACCAGGCCAAUAAUGGGGAGUAUGCUGAAGAUAAGCUGUCAGAUCAUAUCUUCGGAGUGAUCCUCCGGGCUUUGGAUGAGGGCGGUCUAAUCGAGGAAAAGAACGCGACCUUGUGUCUCCAAGCUCUGUUUUGGCACAAAAACAGAAAGAUAUUGAGUAUUCAUCAAGCCCACGAGCACAUUGGACAUCCAUUCCUUGGCCCCGACGGCCGCGUUCUUGCUCUCAAAGGCCGUACUCUAUGCGGAGGUGCCAGCAAUCUUCAGACUUCCAACCUCAUCCCUACUCAGGUUAAUGCCCACUCCCUAGUGCGCAAAUUGACAUCAGAGAAAUCCCUUCACUGGCCGCGGUAGCGGAAAUACUACAUAAAUGAGGGUGAGCAGUCGUAAUAC